AUGCCAUCCAUCAAACGCACCCACGAUGGUUCCGAAAAGGAGAAAGAGGCAAAUCUCUCCCCAUUCAUGCCUAUGUUCGAGACGUUCCGCGACGAGUUGGAUGAACACCAUGAUCGGAGGGAGAGGGUCAUAAAGACAUCGAGGGAUAUUACGGCGGCUAGUAAGAAGAUUAUUUUUGCGCUUCAGAGAGUACGAACAUUGAAAUCAGAUAUCCCAGAGAAAAUCGCCAAGGAGGUAGAUGAUCGUGCUUCAGCCAUGCAAAAACAGAUGGAGGCAAUAGCACCAGACCUCGCAGGAAUCAACGCAUGGCGAUACCAGCGACAAAUCUCAGGUGGAAUCCAAGAAUACAUUGAGGCUAUAGCCUUUCAACACUACAUACAAUUUCAGACUCUCAUCACUCCUACAGAAUCUUCGGCUCUUUUACCGUCUAGGAUAAACCUCACACCUGACGACUACCUUCUCGGGCUCUUUGAUCUCAGUGGUGAAUUAAUGAGAUAUGCUAUCACGACAAUCGCGACCACUGGCGGCUUACCGAAAUCAGGAGACAGAGAUAUUCUGGUGGAUCUGAGGAGUGUAAGAGCGUGUUUUGAGGCUUUAGAUACGACGAGUUCUGCAGGCACGGGGCUGGGGAAGGAUGUGCAGAAGAAGAUGGAGGUUAUGCAACAAAGUGUGGACAAGGUUGAGACGGCUGUUUAUGGGUUGAUUAUUAGGGGGAGGGAGAGACCGAAGGGAUGGGUACCAGAUUUGAAAGAGGAGAGAGUGGUGGAGAGUUAUUGA